AAUUAUUUUGAUCGCGUCGUGGGAGGAAGGUGGGGAGAAGGCGGUCGAAGGUGUUGGUUGCGGAGGGUCAAAGCGACGCUGGUGGGAUAGAAUCCGUGUGUUCCUGAAGGGCGAAAAAGUUUCAUCCAUCGACGAGUUCGAGAUCCAGAUUUUGCUGUUGGAAAUAUUGAUUAGUGAUCGAAUAUGGACUCCGCGAGAAACUGGUUUCGUAAACUGCAAUCUAGAGGGGAGAAAGUUAAGCCUGGAACGGAAAAGAAGGAAGCAGGAAGUGCGAAGGAUAUGCAGAAGCCUCCAAUCGAUGAGGCGCCUUCGAACAUCACGAAGCAGAAAGUUGCCGCUGCAAAGCAGUACAUUGAGAACCAUUACAAGUCUCAGAUGAAGUCCUUGGAAGAUCGGAAGGAGAGACGCUGGAUCUUAGAAAGGAAGCUUGCUGAUGCAGAAGUUUCUGAAGAGGAGCAGAACAACUUUCUGAAGAAUUUAGAGAAAAAAGAAACAGAAUACAUGCGUCUUCAAAGGCAUAAAAUGGGAGUGGAUGAUUUUGAACUUCUGACCAUUAUUGGCAGAGGGGCAUUUGGAGAGGUCAGAAUUUGUAAAGAGAAAACAACUGGGCAUGUAUAUGCAAUGAAAAAACUUAAAAAAUCUGAAAUGCUUCGGAGGGGCCAGGUUGAGCAUGUGAAGGCUGAAAGAAACCUACUUGCAGAGGUGGAUAGUGCCUAUAUUGUGAAACUCUACUUUUCUUUUCAAGAUGAUGAAUAUUUAUAUCUUAUCAUGGAGUAUCUUCCUGGAGGUGACAUGAUGACUCUACUCAUGCGUAAGGAUACAUUGACAGAGUAUGAGGCCAGAUUUUACGUUGCAGAAACAGUAUUAGCUAUUGAAUCUAUUCACAAGCAUAAUUACAUUCACAGGGACAUUAAACCAGACAAUUUAUUGUUGGACCGAAAUGGUCACAUGAAGCUUUCGGAUUUUGGUUUGUGCAAACCUCUGGAUAGUAGUAGUUUUCCUAAUCUUAAUGAGCCUGAUUAUGCAACGGGAAGAAAUAUCAAGCCUACACUUGAUGAUAAGCUAUCUGAUCUCUCUCCUGCUCCUAGGCGUACUCAACAGGAACAAUUACAACACUGGCAAAAGAAUAGACGGAUGUUGGCUUAUUCAACUGUUGGCACACCUGAUUACAUCGCUCCAGAAGUUCUGCUAAAGAAAGGAUAUGGAAUGGAGUGUGACUGGUGGUCGCUUGGAGCAAUCAUGUAUGAGAUGCUGGUGGGUUACCCGCCAUUUUAUUCUGAAGAUCCCAUGUCAACAUGUAGAAAGAUUGUAAACUGGAGAAACCACUUGAAGUUUCCUGAGGAGGCUAAAUUAUCAGCUGAAGCUAAACAUCUUAUUUGCAGGCUUUUGUGCAAUGUAGAGCAAAGACAUGGGACAAAGGGUGCUCAUGAAAUAAAGGCACAUCCAUGGUUUAAAGGCACCCAGUGGGAGAAACUAUACCAGAUGGAGGCUGCUUUCAAACCAGAAGUUAAUGAUGAGUUGGAUACUCAAAACUUUGAGAAGUUUGAGGAGACUUCAGCUUCAGUUCAAACUUCUUCAAAAUCUGGUCCAUGGAGGAAGAUGCUUCCAUCCAAGGAUGUCAACUUUGUGGGUUAUACAUACAAAAAUUUUGAAAUUGUAAAUGACCAUGAAGUCCUUGGGAUCGCCGAGCUAAGGAAAAAGAGUAAUAAGCCAAAGAGGCCAACAAUCAAGUCAUUGUUUGACAUGGAUAUGGCUGCUACUCCAAAUCAGCCUGUCCAAGGAAGUUUUCUCAAGCUAUUGCCCACGCAGAUGGAGGUGCCCGAGGGCAUAGAGUCAUCCUCCCACUCCAGCAGUUCUUCUCUGGAUCAAUCCCAAUCUCGAUAUAGAUAGGGCCAAUCGCUCCGAGGGGUUGCUGGUUAAUAACCAAACAACUAAGAAGUUUGCUAUUUUGUGGUUGCAUUACUAUCUCUUCCAUUAUCGUGUACAUAAAAAAGGGGUUGCAUGAGGCAUCGGCUUAAUUACCUGUAAAGUUGUGGUUCCAAUUUCAUGACGGUAACCUCAAAUUCCUUAAUUUUUGUAACAAUGGAUUUAAAGCUGACAUGAGGGUUGCUCAUUGUAAUGUAAUUUAACCACUGAAACAGAUGGGUUUUUUUUUAGCUGUGCAAUGUCUGAAAUGUAGGUUUUAAUGAAUGUAAAAGAACAAUCAAUUUCUUUUGUGUAA